UAGUUUUGAAACAACGUUGGAAUAUAUUUUUCCUGAACAUAUUAUGUACUUCUCCAAAUAUCAGUUUUGAGAAGACCUGUGUUUUCGGUCUAGUGUUGCAGACACAGAUUUUUGACUACUGUAAUUUGUAUAAUACUAGCUAUGGAAAUAACCAGUUAUCACUGUUAGGAUAAACUAACAAAGACGGGAAUCAGGAUUACCAGAUCAUUCUAAAAGUAAAAACAACAACUAGCCAUCGGAGAUGUUUGGAUAGGAUGAACCAGAAUAAAAUUGGUGCAGUUGUUAAGUUCUCACGUUUUGAAAGUCCGACUUUGUUUGCAUUUUGCUUUGGUGUUUUCGUCUGGGAAGACCCUAAAAAUAUUACGUAUUAAACUAGUAAGACUUCUAAAACACUGGUUGAAUAAGCUAUCCGUCGAAUAACAUCGUUAUGGGAUCUUGGGAAUGGUCAGACAUUUUGACCCAGUUCGGCCAACAGUGGAGCCGUGUUUUAGGGAUUGGGCUACUUGUCCUUUUAUACAAACUAGGAUUAUUCACUGCGAAGCCAAGCAAGCUACACAUACAGUGCGACAGCCCUAGCUGUGUUCGCUGUCGAACAUACACUUCAAGAUCAAUGAAAUUUUUGCAUAACAAAUGGUCAAAUUAUAUCAAGGAUGUGCCUAAGAGCGAGAGAAUGAAAUUUCACAGAAUAACUGAGACAACGCGACAUUAUGAAGCGCAACCAGCGGAAGAGCACACAAUAUUUGAAUUGCAAAAUUUAUCAACACAGCCAUGUUAUGACCGUAAAUUCUUUGAAAACGACGUCAAAUUACUGGAAGACAAUUUCACUAAGAUUCACACCGAGUUUUCGAAAAUUUUUAAUUUCCGUGAAUCUAGCAACAUUCGGAAAGUGAACUCGACACCAUCGGGAAAAUGGAGUGCUUUCUAUCUUAUUAACCAGGGACAAGAGAUAAAAGACAAUAUUCAAUUCUGCCCGGACACAUAUGACGUAUUGAAGCAACUCCAGAAACUCAUGACUGGUUGCAUAUUUGGAAACGCCUGUUUUUCAGUGAUUGAACCUGGCACCAUCAUCUCUGAACACUAUGGACCAUGCAACAUCAGAGUGAGAUGUCAUCUGGGUAUUGAAGUUCCCCAAGGAUGUGAAUUAUUUGUGAAUCAUCAGAAAGUUCAGUGGCAAGAGAGUAAAUGCAUAUUAUUUGAUGACUCUUAUUUGCACUCCGUAAUUUAUCGCAAAACAAGUUGCACGGAUCAGCCCCGAGCAGUGUUUAUGGUUGAUCUUUGGCACCCAGACCUUACAUUUGAUGAAAUAAAAGGACUCAGAUUCUUACUUGAUCCAAGCAAGAGUAUCAAGUGACAUUUUGUUCCGUACAUUUUCGAAUUAUUAUCCAUAUUGCCUAAUGUUUAUUUUUAUGUUUAUUUUUUAUCUGCGAAAUAAAAUUAUUCAUUUAUUUAUA